UUUAUUUAUUGGUUUUUAUAUUUAUUCAAAAAAAGUUUUAAAUUGUGAUGUUUGGUGGUGAUAAAAAGUGCAUGAAUUGAAUCUGGACCACAAGUUCUUACAAGUGAUGAUUAAAAUUAACGAUCAAAUAAAAUCCAAACAUCUUAAGAAGCGAAACAUAAAAGAGCAUGCAGCAAGUGGAAGUUGUUUUUAUUAGAAGAUUCAAUAAGUUGUCCAUAUGUUGGUCUAAAAUUGAUAACCAAGCAGUCACAACCACAUCCAUCAAACAAAAUGUCAUCUACACAAGCAAUCAGUAAUCCUGCUACAGAUUUAUACCGAAAUGAUGUUCAUGAUUUAGAGUCAGCUCGCGCACGUGCAGCCCGUGUACAUCGCUAUAAAGAACAGCGUCGUCGUCAAUUAGAAUCACAAUUUCAUGACUUAUCACCACAAUCAACACCCACUACAGUCAACACUCACACAAAUACAAAUAGUUUAAGACGUCGUUAUAUAACCAGGUCGCACAAGAACAUACCAACAACAAGUACAAGUAAUGAUGCAGGACUACUUACAACAACAACUACAUCAACAGUUACAGCACUAAGUGGUGCUGGUGAUGGUGAUAGUGACAAUGUAAAUGAUUUAAUAACAAGAACAUCAAAACUUAAUAAUAGUAGUACUACUGGUAGUGAGUCAACAAUGACAGCAUCAUCAACAGUACUUGGAGCUGCACCAGGUGGUGUUGGUGUUGUACGUACAACACGCACAUCUAGAUUACGUACAAAUAAUAAUUUACAACUUAAUGUUGAUAAUGUUCAACAAAGAUUAUCACCAGAUACCAUCACCAACAGCAGUCAGACUCAAAUUCAACUUAAGUCAUCAUCCACAGAGAAAAAUUCUUUGAUUAAUUCACGAUUAUCAAAUGGAUCAUCAUCAGAUCAUCAAGAGUCAAAUAGUACAACAUUAGUGACAUCACCUAGACGUAGUAAUUCAUUACGAUCAACAACAAUUGGACGAACAACUUCAACAACAUCAACAUUGUUAUCAUCAGUUGGAAUUGAUAAAGAUAAAAGUUCUAAACGUAAAUCUAAUCUAAAUCGUUCAUUAAAUGCUGAACAAGUGCCUUCAAAUAAUUAUCAUGAUAAUUUAAUUGUGAAUCAACGACGGCGUCAUUUAGCACCAAUAUCAGUUCCAAUCAAUUCCAUAUCAUCAACAAUGAACAGCAAAACAAUAGACAACAAUCAGAAAUUUAUUAAAAAACCAUCACAAUUAAGUAUUCACAUGGAGAAUGCUAGACGUAGUAUAUCUACAUCGACAUCAUCUUCAAAGGAAAAUACAACAAAACGUUUAAAUGUCACAAGUCCACGUCUAUCUGGUGGGACUACAUCUAAUACAAUUACCAAACAUUUAAAAAAAUCAAACGAUGAUCUAUCAUCAAGCACAACAAACUCAGAUCGUGAUAAACCAUCUCGUAAAACAACAACAAAUUCUAGUCUUAAUAAAAAAUCAUCUUCAGAGAAUUUAACUAAAAUUAAAAAACGUCCAUCAACUACAACCACAACGGCAACACAACGACGUGGAUCUACGGAAUCAUCUACAUCGUCUACAUUAACAACACCAAGAAAUCAUAAACAGCUUUCAAGUCCAAGGCCAUCACCAACAAAAGAACGUAUUAAUGAAAUAUCACGACGAAUGGAUUCUUUAACACAUUUAACACGUAGCACAAUAGCACGUGUUGAACAAUUAGCAUCUACAAGAGGUGGUGCUAGCAGUGGAUCUAAAACAACACCUAGUGGUACACCUACUACUGGAACAAAUAAAAAAGACUUAAAUAAUCAAUUAGAUAGUAAAUUAUUGAUGACUGAUAAACAAUUAAUUAAUUUAAAUAAUAAAAAUAAUAAUAAUAAUAUAAAUAUUAAUAUAAAUAACAUAUCAAAAAAUAAUUUAAUUAUUAAACAAAAUGGUGCUCAAACUACUCAAAAAGAUAUUACUAAUAAUGUUCCUCAAUCUAGUAGCCAAAAUCAUUUAGUUAUUAUCAACAAUCAACAACCUGAACAAAUGACAGGAAGUGAACAAAGUAGUGGUGGUAGUAAUCAACAAUCAAUUGCGGCAGGAGGUGCAAUCAGUAACGAACAAGAAAGUGAUGAAGCCGCGAUACCAACAACUAGCAGCGGUAAUGAAAUAACAUCAAUUUUAAAAAAGAAAUCGUUAACUGAUCACCAUGAAACGUCAAUAUUAAAACAAGUCACUACCACAAGUAUGACUUCUUCAAAUUCAAACACUUCCUCCUCCAAAGAAGACGCAAACUGUUCAAAACAAGCUGCACAACAACCAAUAUCGAUAUUAAAACGAAAAACAUCACAAGAUGAAAGUGGUUUAGUUGCGAGUGGAAGUGCUGGUGAGAAUUCACAUCACACUAUAAAUGAGUCACAUUCAGCAUCAGCACCGGUCACAUUCUCACCAUCGGUUGUUGAUCCACCCACGGCAAGUCGACGUCGUCAAAGCAUCUUAAAGAAACGACGAAGUUUAGAUGAAUCGGAAGUGUUACGCAGGCGUUCAUGUAGUCCGGAUGUUACAAUUAUUGAAGGUACAACUACCGCCGAUUUUCGUCCAAUAUUAAAACAACAACAACAGCGUCGUUCGUCAUUAGAAGAAAUUCGUGUUGGAUCACCAGAACCCCAGGGUAUAUUAAAACGUAAAACUAGUCGUGGUUCAGAUGACUAUACAAUAGCAGGUGGCUCUGUAGAUGAUCGAUCUGUAUUAGGUUCACCUGAACCCCAAUCGAUAUUAAAACGUAAAUCAGGAAGUAACUCAUCUGGGGGAAGUUCAAAUGUGCCUCAACAUCAACACGUGUCCAUUGCUGCGGCUGUUAUUCUAGCUGCGGCUAGUGGAGCCGAAAUUAUUAAUAUUAAUGGAGACCAAAACGAAAACGUUCGGCCAAUAUUAAAGAAAAAAAGUAUAUCCUCAGAUGAGAGUCCAAAUAUGGUCGAAAUUCUUGAACCGAAACCAAUUUUAAAGAAAGAAAGGACGGAAGAUUAUUACGACGAAAGACCGAAGAAACCAAUAUUAAAAAUGUCAUCACGUAACCACGAUUCACUAGAGUACAGUGACAAUGAAACCACGUCAUCUUCAACGUCACAAACUAAACGUACAUCACUACGAACACGCUCUUCGGAGUCCUCUUCAUCGUUUGAAACUAAUUCACCCGUUCGUAAGUUAAGUAAUCGAACGAGUACAGCUUCUGGCGACGAUGAACUUGUGUCAAUUUUAAAACAGUCUUCGUGUUCACGAGAAAGUUCACCACGUCCACGUUUAUCAUUUUGUAGUAGUGGUGGUGAUCAACAAUCAUCGUCUGGAUCUUUGGCGGCUUCUAAAAGCCCCCCACCUCCUCCAUCUGGUAGUGAUAGUACACAAAGUGAAUAUACAUUUUUAAGACGUCCAAGCAUGUCUCCCAUAUAUCGAUCACGUUCCAGUGGAUCAGAUUACGAUGAACGAUAUCGAAAACGACGUACGAUACAUUUAGGUGAAGGAGAACGUUUUUUUGACGAUAGUAAUAUUCGUUUACGACGUCAAUCGAUGGGUGAUAUGGCUGAUGGCCAUCAGAAUGGUUCACUAGGACAACAUUAUGGUUCAGGCAAUACUGGCAGUGGAAGUUCAAUGUCUGUAGCUGAACGAAUUCUACGUAUGGAAACAUUCUUAGCUCAAGAACAACAAACUAGUAAACAUAAUAAUAAUAAUAGUAAUAAUGGUAACAAUAGUAUUCUAGUACGGCGUAGAUCUAGUAUACAUAAGUGUAGUACGGUGCAAUUACACAAUAACAGCACAAAUAUUAUGGAUAUUACAGCGGAUCCACAGCGUGAGUGUGAAAAUCAAAUUAAAUCGACAGUUUCAUCGAUGUCAACAUCAGCUACAGCAUCCACAACUUCAUCAAAAACAAUUAUUAAAAAAAAUAGUAAUCAAAGUAUGUUGGACACAAGCCAAAAUAUAAUAUGUUCGCAAAAUGGUGGUGAAACAAUAUCAAAUCAUAGCAGUCACUCUUAUACACAAAGUCAUCAGAGUCAUCCGGAUCGUACAUCAACUACAACGACAACAACUACUUCAACGAAUUCAUCAAAUUUUGUUAUAAUUAUACCACAAGAAGAAUCAUCUUCAAACAGCAGCACUGCACCAGGUGCUGAUACCAAUAAAUUACUGUCAACAUCAAGUCAAUCUAUUGAAAUAUUAAACUCUGAAAUAUUAAAUUCUAAAUUAACAAUGUCUUCUCAAGAACCAGAUGAACUAACGGAGGAUCAUCAAGAACAAGAAGCUAACAGUGAAACACAAUUAGAUGUACUUCAAUUAGAUGCCAUCAAUUCACAUAGUUCUGAUAGUGGUUGUAUUGAAGAUGAUGUUAAUGGAGGUUUAGGAAGUCCUGGUGUCGAUGGUGGAGGGUUUCCUACUUCAAUAUCAACGUCUCAAUUGAACAACGAUCAACUAUCAAAUAAAUCGUCAACGGUAUCUGUAGUAGUAACAACACCAUCACCAGUAAAGGCUGCAGAUAGUAAAACACAUGAAGAGGAUGAGCAUGAAAGUCGUGGUCGUGCACAUUCAGUUUCAAGUCGUGCAGCUGCAUUUAAUAAACAAGCAGAAGAAAAUCAAAAAGCUGCUACCGCUACAAAUGUUGUUGAGCAAGUUAAAAAGAAAAGUGUAUCAGCUGGUAUUGAACGUUAUAAAAAUCGUCGUGGACUUGGUGGAGCACACAAAGCAUCUGAACAACACUCACGUUUUAAUACACAACCUGUAACAUAUGGUGAAAUUCAAGAAGCUGCUAAACAAAAUCAACAGAAGAAUCAAAAUGAUGGUGAAGAUGAUAACGACCCAUCAAAAUUAACAUUAGCUGAACGUGUAAAAUUAUUUAAUGAGAAGAUGAUUGAAGAAAAUCGUAUUAAAACAAAUAAUACGAAUACAAGAUUAGGUCCACCACCAAUGCGUAAACGUUACUCCAGAUUCAAGACACAACCUGUAACAUGUGAUGAAGUACAAAGUGCACAACAGAAGAUUAAUCCAUUAAUUGCUAGUUUUGUUAAACCACCAUCAUCUGAAGAAUUAGAUGGUUUAAAUAUGAAACAAACAAAAGAUAAAAUAAACCAACAUGCCGUCCGAAUGUUAACUAGCGAAGUGAAAGGUAUUUUAAAAACUAAAUCAGUGUUACCAAUUAUUAAUAAUACAACUUUAAAUUUAGUACCAACAUUAAAUAAAGUUCAUACAGCUGGUGAUACUACACCGUCCAUACGAACAAUAUACAAUGAAUCACCAGGUGGUGGAUCUGCUGUUGGAGGACUAGUUACAAGUGCAGGUGCAAGUAGUGAUAAUAGUGUUAGUAAUAGUGUAGUAAGGAACAAUGAACAGAUAUCUUCAUCAGAGGGUGAAUCCUCUGGUGAACGUGAAAUUAGAAGUAUUAUGAGUAAUAGAACUGUAACAACAAGUUGUACAUCGUCAUCAUCUUCAGCAGCAGCAAUACGUAAACGUAAAUCAUCAUCUGGAGUGGGUACACCUGGUGAUAAAAAAUUUGUGACAAAAAGUGCAAGCGAAACGUAUUUAACAACCCACAGUUCCAUAAACAAAACAGAUGAGAGCACAAUAAAAUUAACAACUAAAUCCAGUACACAACGUAAGAAUGGAACUGUUGACAAUAGCGAUGAAUCCUCGAAUUCUAGUUGUGAUGAUGAACAUUGCAACAAUGAAGACAUUCUGGGUUCAAUGGAACAAUCAUCACAACGGGAACAACGAAUAGUUGUCAAUCCAAGUCAAUCCAUUAAUAAUAAUAAGAUGCCAGCUUCAGUGGAUGAUGCACCAGGUGAAGGUGAUUCACCAGGUGAUCAUGAAGACGAUGCUGUUGAUAAUAUUAAUAAUAGUAUUAGUCCAUCAAUAUCGAUUGCUGAACGUCGAGCUGCCUUACAACAUGCUGGUAACAAUGAUUGGAAGCGUCGGAUUCAUCCCAUUCAUGAAUUAACUGCUGGCGAAUUGAAGAACAUUGUUGUCACAACAAACAAUUUAAUUAAUGAGUCAACAAAACAUGAAGAAACCAAAAGCGAAUUAAUAACAAGUAGUUCAUCAGUGUUAGCAGAUCGUGUUUUCAAAUUGGAAACAGCAUCACAAGGUUGGAAGAAACGUGUUGAACAAAGUGAUGCCAUCAACUUUACAGUAGCAGGACGGAUGCGUGAAAAUGUUAUUUCUGUAUCACCAUCUUUACCAAACAUACCAGUCACUGCUAAUAAGAUUAAAAAAACACCAAAACCUGCACGUUUUAAAACUAGACAAGAACGUUUGGAAAAUAAGAAUUCAGAUGUUACAUUAACAUUAACUCGCAGCAUUUCGGUACCAAGUACGGGUAACGGAGACAAUGGAAUUCAAAAUGGAUUACGUGUUUCUGUGCCACGUGCAGAUGAUGAAACAUUUACAUCAUUUUUCACAUCGAGUUUUUACGAUCAUCAAACAAGUACGUCGAGUACUAUUUUUGAUGGUGAUGCUGUAAGUGUAACUAGUGAAGAUUUGGAUGUAGUGACCAGACUCACUAGUGAUAAAUUAUUAGGACACAAACGUAUUGUUAAAAUACAACGUAAACAUUUAUCAAAGAAUCCAAUCAAAAGUCUAAAUGCUAGAACUGAUCUACAAAAUGAAUAUACGGAAAUUAAAACAGGUGUUGCUGAAAAAGAAUUAACACGAAUUAAUGCUGAAAAAAUUGCUAAAAAUUCAAAUAUGGCGAUAGCAGCACUAGCUGGUCUAGCAAGCAAAGAAGAUUUUACUGCCAUCAAUUUAAAGAAAACCAACACUGCCAACGCCAAUUCUAUUACAUUCUCAAUGUUGCCUUACAACGAUCUAAUGUUGAUUCACAUUAAAGGACGAAGACAUGUUCAAGCACGUUUAGUUGAACCAGUGGUAUCGUCAAUAAAUCGUGGAGAUAAUUAUGUUCUAUUAACUAAAACACAAGUAUUCAAUUAUCAAGGAUUAUAUUCAAAUAUUAUUGAACAAAGUCGUGCUAAUGAAAUAGCUGCAGCGAGUGCUUUAAAUGGCAAUAGACAGAUUAUUACAAUACAUGAAGAAAAAAAUACUUGUAGUACGAAACAUAUACAAGAAUUUUGGAAACUAUUAGGCUACGAUAGUAAUGAUUCAUCUUUAUCUCCUCCAUCUAUAACAGAUGCUGGUCAUCCUGAUGAAGAUGAGAUAUACGAAUCAAAAAUUAUUGAAACAAACAUGGUCUACGAGUUAGAAGAUAAUGAUGAACUUACACCAUAUCAACAGUAUUGGGGUUGUAUACCAAAAAUUGAUAUGCUUGAUCCAAAUAAAAUAUUUAUUUUUGAUUUUGGAACGGAAUUAUAUGUUUGGAAUGGUAAAAAUUCAUCAUUAGAUCGAAGAAAAGUAGCAGUGAAAUUAGCAAAAGAAUUAUGGCAAUUAGGUUAUGAUUAUACAUGCUGUGAUAUAUGUCCAAUAAAUGCAACACAAAUGUUGGGUACCAAUCGAAAUGUUGACCACUCUACGUCACAACUAGAGAAGAAAUCAACGUCACGUCCAAGUUGGGCACUAUUAGCAAAAAUAACACAAAAUAUGGAACCAGUAUUAUUUCGUGAAAAGUUUUUAGAUUGGCCAGAUUAUUCACGUGUUAUUAAAGUGAAAGAUGAUCCCACCGCUGUUGGAGCAAAUAUUAUAAUUAAACCGUUGGAUGUUACCAAAAUGUUAGAACCAAAUACAAUUGUACCCGAUUUAAUAUUGGAAGGGAGUCAUUUAGGACGUGGUACUAGAUAUUACGAUCAAGAAACAAAUCGUCUUUUUGAGAUAUCUACGAUCAGUGUCAAAAAAUGGUAUAUUCAAGAAUUCGAGUAUUUUGAAUUAACGGAUGCGGAAUUAAAUCAUUUUUAUUCGGGUGAUAGUUAUAUUUUACGGUGGCAAUAUAUGGUAACCGUGACUGGACGUGAAUUAAGUGGCAAACCAAGUAGACAUUCGUUAGCUGGACGAGAUCGUUGUGCAUACUUUUGUUGGCAAGGUAAAAACGCUUCACUCAAUGAAAAAGGUGCUGCAGCUUUGUUAACAGUUGAAUUGGAUCAUGAACGCGGUCCUCAAAUACGUGUUGCAGAAGGCGUUGAACCACCUGCAUUUUUGAAUUUAUUUAACGGUUCUAUGAUCAUACAUUCUGGUAAACUCUACGAUAACGAUGAUUUAGAAAGGCGAAACGAGCAACAACAAUUAUGGCGAUUAUAUUUUUGUCGGGGUGAUAUGGAAAAUGAAACAUUUUUAACUGAAGUACCAUGUAACAUGCGUCAAUUACGAAGUCGAGCUUCAAUGAUUUUAAUCAAUUCAGCACAAAGUCGUAUAAUUCUAUGGCAUGGUGCCAAAUCUUUGGAAUAUACCAAACAAAUGGCUCGUGUUGCAGUUGAAAAAUUAAAAUUAAAUAAGUCCGAAUACUUUAAAUUACGUGCCAAAGUGAUUGAAGAAGUUUUAGAAGGUGAUGAAACACCCGAACUAUUAAAUAUUUUGGGUGUGGAACAUGGUCAAGGACGUGGCCGUCGAUUGUACAUGUCAUUGUUAAACGAUCCAUUGGAUUAUAAUGAAACGCCACGAUUAUUUUCGUUCUCAUCUGUGUCGGGAGUUUUUGAAUCGAAUGAAAUAUUAUGUCCGUAUCGAUAUUCAAAUCCUAGUGGUGACACGAUUAAUGAAGCUAAAAUUGUCACACCAUAUCCAUUCUUACAAUCAGAUUUAUAUUCAGCUAGUCAACCAGGAUUAUUUUUAUUGGAUAACGGUCAUACAUUAUGGUUAUGGCAAGGUUGGUGGCCAGAAAUUGAUACAGAUUCAUCAGAUCAAGCAAAUCAACAAUUAUCCGAUCAAACUGGUUCAGGAGCAAUACGAUGGCAAGAAGAACGACGUGCUGCCAUGCAAACGACAAUCAAUUAUUGGCGACAGAAACAUGGACAUCAAAAUGCUGAAAAUGAAAAAAAAGAAAAUGAAAAAUGUCCUGCUGUAUUAGUUUGGGCUGGUUUAGAACCUUUAGAGUUUACAAAUUUAUUUCCAACAUGGAUCGAUCGUGACGAUAUAGCAAGAAUCAAUAUUAAAGAUGGCCGUAAACCUGGUGAAAUACUAUCAUUGAAUUCAGAAUUAGAACGUUUAACAUGCUGUACAUAUCCAGCAUCGGUAUUAUUACAACGACCGUUACCAGAAGGUGUGGAUCCAACACGGCUAGAAGAAUAUCUAAGUCCAAAUCAUUUUCAACAGAUGUUUAAUGGUUUAACAAAAGAACAAUUUUAUGAGCUACCAACAUGGAAACAAACCAAUUUAAAAAAGGAAUACGGACUUUUUUGACCUUUACUUUUAAUACGUCAAUUCUUUCAAAAUAUGUGUUGUGCUCAUAAUACGUUACGAUAACAUUCAGUAAUCAAUCAGUACACGCUCAACACACAUAAACACGCACACAUCGUCAUCAAAUCACAUCUUAUAACGCACACGUAACCUUGAUAGGCAUGCAUAUUCAUUCUUAAUCAUCAUUUAAAAUGAUUGAUUCCAUUACCCAUUUGUUUUCGGCGAAGAAAUCUUUAUGGUUGUUAUUAAUGGAUCAAAAAACCAAAAUUAUAUUUGGUCAAUUUUAAAAUUUAUUGUUCUAUUUGAAAGAUCUAAAAUGUGGUAAGUUUCUAAGUCAAAUUUAACAACAACAACAAAAAUUUUAUAUCUUUUUUUGAUCUUUCACCAAGUCAGGGGUCACCAAAAAAACGUGUGUAUUUUUCUGAAAUAAAUUUUUGGUGGCUUUUUAUUAGC